AUGCGUGUGUACCCGCGCUGGCUUCUCGGUACCGCCCGCGUUGGAGGCUCAUGCCUUCCACGGCUUUCGUUUUCAAACCUCCUUCACUUCCUUCCUCGCUGCCCAAUCUCUUCCCUCCUCCCUCACCUUUCCCCCUCCUUCUUAAAGCAUCAGAAUGACACUUGCAAGCACGGGUCGCGGGAAGUGGGUACCGUCGACGCUUCGGGUACGCCUCCGCUCACCGCGGCAUCUCCCGCCCCCGCUCCAGCCAUAGCCAUCUCAGCGGGCUUGAGCUCUUUCAACGUCCCCUUCUUCGGAAGCAGAUACAGCCGCGACGACGAUGACGAUGAUAUCUCGGAGAAGGUUGACGAGAACGGUGCUUCGCCCGCCGAGCACGGGGAGAUCCCGCCAGUCCAGGGAUCUGGGGCCACCACCCCCGUCAAGCAGGCCAAGAUUGUUGUCCCUGUCGACGACGGCGAGAGAACGGAGACGGCGGCCGCGGCCGCGCCGGUGGGGGAAAGGAGCAGCGGCGACGGUGGCAACAAGAGACCACGGACAGACGUUGCGGCCGCGUUCAUCACGAAUACGCGGCAGUGCCGGGCGGUGGCCGUGGGAGAAGCCUGUGUGCUAGUGCAGGCGGCCCGCAUCGCUCUCGGCGGAUGCGAGGGGUGCGUCGGGGCAAGAUCGCCAUUGCAAGAGAUCGCCAUUACCGGGGAAGGCUCGUUCGGCAUCGUGAGCGGUGCCACCCACAGCUUCCUGCCGGGAGAGUUUGCGGUCAAGAGGCUGAAGGAAGUGGGAGGCCCCGUGACCUCUUCAGGAAGCUGGUUCUUGACAUGCCAUCUAACACCGAUAUUGCGCGGCGUUGGGUGUAGGUUAUUCCGGUGGUCGCAGAGAAUGUUCUAG